AACUUCAGACUUCAGGCAAGAGCAGAAAUAUGUAUACGAUACAUAUUGCGAGUAUAAUACACCGGCAUAUUUCCUUAUGUUAUGUGCCGUCAUGCGAAACAAAGAUUUAGACCUUCGAUCACUCGUCAAUAAGUCAAAGCCGAAUAUCCUUAUAGACUCCCAAGCAUCCACAUAGCGAUAUUCGACAUGGACAAGUGAAAAAUUUCUAAUUAUUACAAGGUCUCCACGUCGCGUAUUCUAUUUUGAAAAGCAGCGGGCCGGACGGCGCCGCCACGGAAUGAGUUUUCAUCAGGGGUCACAUUUCUUCUCCGCGGUCUACAGGAGCCGGUCGAGCCGGUGAUCGCACAGGAUUACAGACUUUCCUCGUCCAGCGAACGUGGCGAUACCAAAUCCGAUCGUCUCCCGCGCUUCCAUACAAAUUCUUGUGCAUAAUAGAGUAUCCAGCUGCGUAAACUGAAGAUGAACUCUGUGAAGGAAGUGUAUCAUAACAGAUGGACUGCAUGGUGGAGAAGAAAUUCAACGUCCUUACAAGUCGCUGCAACGAUUUCGUGCAAUCUUGCAUACCUCGUGAAGACUGAUUACAUGCGUACGGCCGCGGUGCUUUCGAUGGUUUCACUGGGUGGUGCUACCUUAUACUACAUUUCUAAACGUCGAUGGAAAAUAAAGCCGCGAGAUCUCAUCGUUAUAACCGGUUGCAAUUCCGGUUUGGGCUACAGCCUAGCGAUGCACUGUCGUGCUCAGGGCGCAACAGUUUUAGCCGGGGUACGUGAAGCAGGUAUGGUGGUGAAACCCAACGCCGUCAUCGAAUCGUUGAAGAAAGAAGGUAUCAUCGUCCAUCAGCUCGACAUCACGAAUAAAGAAUCCGUUCAAGGAUUUGGCGAAAAAGUCAAGCAACUGUCGAAGGAACGGAAUUUGGCCCUGCGUGCUCUGGUGAAUAAUGCGGGGGUAAUGGUGUUUGGCGAAUUUGAAUGGCAGACGCAGGAACUCGCGGAGUAUCAGAUAAAUGUCAAUCUCCUCGGAACCAUGAGCAUCACAAAGGAGCUGAUGCCGAUCAUACGGCAAAACGGUGGUAGAAUUAUCGUGGUAUCCAGCCACUGUGCCGCCGAUUCUUUGCCUGGUGUAAGUGUCUACGCAGCGACGAAAGCUGCUCUUCAAGCAUGGGCCACCUCUCUUCGGGUAGAAGUCGGCAAAUACGGCGUCAGUGUAGUUUCCUUUAUACCCGGUGGUUUUGUAUCGGAAAGUAAUAUCAUGCGACGACAACGGUUGCACUUUGACGAAAUGGAACGACACAUGUCGGAUGAAGCGAAGCGAUUUUACAAUGACUAUUUCACUCGAUACACCGAGUAUUUUUCCGGGGUAACGCUGUCAUCCGGUAAUCAGGACAAUAUAAAAGUCCUGUCGAAUCCGGGAAUCUACGAAACCUUCGACAGCGCUCUUCUCAAUGUCCAUCCUUCCACUGAGUAUAGAUGUGAACCGUGGAGAUAUUUCUUUUAUCGCAUAUUGUUUAAAACAACACCAACGUGGAUACGUGAUCGAUUGGUACAAUCUUUCGUCAACGUGCCAUCGUGGCAGAUUAACAAAUAAUAAAUCAUUAUUGUUAUUAUCUUAUUAAAUAGUUUUUACUUUU